UGUACCUCUCAAUACAUCUGAAAACUCAGAGCCAAACAAGCACUGCUCCUUCAUCUUCAACAUUUCUAAAACCUAAUCAACACACAAGUAGAACCCAUCUUCUCCAUUUCCCCCCUCUACCUCUCAAUCACCCCCUUCUUCUAACACUACCACACCCCUCAACCACUCCCACCAUCUCUCGGAUUAUCGACAGAACGACCGGCCACCACCUCUGUCUGGUGGCGGCGCGGUGACAGGACAGAGCGGAGAGAGAGAGUGAGGAGAGAGAAAGAAGAAGCUCGGGCGGUUCAUGGUGGUCCGGGGCGACGUCGUCAGAUGACCGACGAAGUUUCAUCGGUCUUUACUUUUGUCCGACGGGUUUCUGUUCGGAAGUCCGGCGACGGUCGUGGAGCAGUGAUGGUGCUGCUGAUGUGCAAGCUUCAGCUUAGAUCUCGGCUCGAGUGCGGGUCUCGGUUCAGUCUCGGCUCACGUCCGGUUUCGGGUUCGAGUUCCGGCCGACGUCAAUCAACUCCGGUCGACAUCAGUUCGGGUAAUCAUGUUCGUUCUCUCGGAUUUUCCAAUCUUUACUCGUGCAUUAUUUCAAGAAACCUCCAUACGCAACCACUGUUGAUGAGGACGAUGCUAAGAAAUGAAGUAGCGUUGAUGCCUAGAUACACAUAUAGACGCUAGGGUUUAAUAUGUAGUAUCAAUUUUGUUAUGUUGUUAUGUUUCUUUUGUUAAAGUUGUUGUAUUUGAAUUUCUUGUAAUGUUGACAAUUUGUCUUAUGAAAUGAAAUCGGACUA